AUGAACAGCCCGCUGGAACCUUUCAAAAACCCUACUGGGGGAUUCUACACAUCAAAGGACGUGACAGACAUCACCAAGCUUGAGUAUCGUUACGGUCCUGGCUCACUUGACAUAGAGAACGAGGCGGGUCGAUACAUGCCACCCAAGGAGCCCAUCUCUCGCAUUGUGCGGGUUCACAACAUCAACCGCUCCGACUACGCUGGUUCUUUCGUCAUUCGCACUCAUGUACAGCUACCUGACGGUGGAUACCUCGAGGUUGGACGCGAAGCCGUACUGAGCCGGUGGAAUGUUGCUGGGUGCGCCAAUUGUCAAAAUCAUCUGGAGGAGAACUCAUUCAUUCCCAUCGAUGCCAAAACGAUUGAAACUUUGAAGGGAGAUAAUCGUGUCGAGGAUAUCAAGUUCCAGGUUCAGAUCCAGACGCGCGGAUUCGGUGGUGAUGGAUUCCGCGAACCUGUACAGGAACCUAAAUAUGAGUUUCUGUAG